AUGGCUGCUAAGCUGCGAGCGCAUCAGGUGGACGUGGACCCGGACUUCGCGCCGCAGAGCCGGCCGCGCUCGUGUACCUGGCCCCUGCCGCAGCCCGACUUGGCCGGCGACGAGGACGGAGCGCUGGGUUCAGGGGUGUCUGAGGGCGCCGAGGACUGCGGGCCGGAGCGCCGGGCUACGGCCCCGGCGAUGGCCCCAGCGCCGCCGCUGGGCGCGGAGGUCGGACCGCUGCGGAAAGCGAAGAGCUCCCGGCGGAACGCGUGGGGGAACCUGUCCUACGCCGACCUCAUCACCAAAGCCAUCGAGAGCGCCCCGGACAAGCGACUCACGCUCUCGCAGAUCUACGACUGGAUGGUCCGUUACGUGCCCUACUUCAAGGAUAAAGGCGACAGCAACAGCUCGGCGGGCUGGAAGAACUCCAUCCGGCACAACCUGUCGCUGCACACCCGUUUCAUCCGCGUGCAGAACGAGGGCACGGGCAAGAGCUCCUGGUGGAUGCUGAACCCCGAGGGCGGAAAGACAGGCAAGACCCCGCGGCGGAGGGCCGUGUCCAUGGACAACGGGGCCAAGUUCCUGCGCAUUAAGGGCAAGGCGAGCAAGAAGAAGCAGCUGCAGGCACCUGAGCGAAGCCCCGAUGACAGUCCCCCAGGCGCGCCAGCCCCGGGGCCCGUGCCUGCCGCUGCCAAGUGGGCCACCAGCCCGGCCUCGCACGCCAGCGAUGACUACGAGGCGUGGGCCGACUUCCGCGGCGGCGGGAGACCCCUGCUCGGGGAAGCGGCCGAAUUGGAGGACGACGAGGCCCUGGAGGCCCUGGCGCCGUCGUCCCCGCUCAUGUACCCGAGCCCGGCGAGCGCGCUAUCGCCCGCGCUAGGUGCGCGCUGCCCCGGGGAGCUGCCCCGCCUGGCCGAGCUGGGGGGCCCGCUGGGCCUGCACGGGGGCGGCGCGGGGCUGCCCGAGGCCCUGCUGGACGGCGCGCAGGACGCGUACGGGCCGCGGGCCCGGGCGGGGACGCCCGCCUACUUUGGCGGCUGCAAGAGCGGCGCCUACGGCGGGGGCGGGGGCUUCGGGCCUCCGGCGCUGGGCGCGCUGCGCCGCCUGCCCAUGCAGACCAUCCAGGAGAACAAGCAGGCCAGCUUCGCGCCGGCCGCCGCGCCCUUCCGCCCGGGGGCGCUGCCCGCGCUGCUGCCGCCGCCGCCCGCGCCCAGGCCCGGCCCGGUGCUGGGCGCGCCCGGGGAGCUGGCGCUGGCGGGAGCGGCCGCCGCCUACCCUGGCAAGGGCGCGGCCCCGUACGCGCCGCCGGUGCCCUCGCGCAGUGCCUUAGCCCACCCCAUCAGCCUUAUGACGCUGCCCGGCGAGGCGGGCGCCGCGGGCCUGGCGCCGCCGAGCCACGCGGCCGCCUUCGGGGCCCCGCCCGGUGGCCUCCUGCUGGACGCGCUGCCGGGGCCGUACGCGGCCGCUGCCGCCGGGCCGCUGGGGGCCGCGCCCGACCGCUUCCCGGCCGACCUGGACCUCGACAUGUUCAGCGGGAGCCUCGAGUGCGACGUCGAGUCCAUCAUCCUCAACGACUUCAUGGACAGCGACGAAAUGGACUUCAACUUCGACUCGGCCCUGCCUCCGCCGCCGCCUGGCCUGGCCGGGGCCCCGCCCCCCAACCAGAGCUGGGUGCCGGGCUGAGGGCCGCCUUCCCUCGCCCCCGGGCGCCCCGCCCCGCCCCCAAGGGGCUUCUGUCUUCCCGUCCUGAUCCCCUGGGCCCCAUCCCCAUUCCAGCUUCACGGGGUGAGGUGGGGUGGGGGGAUCCGGGAGGCAGCCCCAGGUCUGCUAGAGAAGUCCCUCCGAAGUUUACCCCUGAGGGAAGUGGUAGGGAGGGGCUGGGGCACCUGCCAUUCGUGCCCAAACUCCUGAGACCCGCUCCACCUCCCUCCUGGGGCCGGGAAGCCUAUGCGGAGCGGAAUUUCGGGCUGGGUGGGAGUGGGGACCAGCCAGGCGGGCUGCUCUGGUCGGCGAUGCCAACCGGGAGAUGUGGCACGGGGCCAGAGGCGGUCUGAAUCUUCGUUUCAUUUGUGAGGGCCGCGACGGAUAGCCCACCCCGAACUCCAAUCUGAUUCCCAACUCACACCUUCCCACUGGUCUUAGCCCCACCCACCCAAGCCAGGAACCCCCUCCCGAAAACACCCACACCUACCUAUUGGCUGUUCACCCUGAGCUGUUUCCCUUUAGCCCUAAGCCACCCUUAGAGCCCCCAUACCCAUGAUUCAGCCCCUCCCUCCUAUCCCUGCAGGCCCUAACUUCUCCUCUCCUCUCCUCUCAGGUUGGAGUCAAACCACCCCCCCCCCCUUCCCCCUGCCCCCAGUACUGGUCUCAGCCUCUCCAGCAGGUCUCAGCUCCGGAUCCACCCCCCAAACCAACACCCCUUUCUCCGUUCCAGUCCUGCCUCCUCUCCCGUAUUUAUAAGUGUCCGGUCGGGGCGGGCUGUGGGCGCGGCGUCCCCGGCGCAUAUCGUAGGCA